AUUUUGGUCUUUCCCCCGCCUCCGCUUGGUGCCGGUACGGUGGCCGAGGAGUAUCGCGUGCGGCGGAAGUACCGGGCGGGUGGGUGUGCGCUCCCGGGCCUGAGGCGCACGUGGCGCCGGUAGGAGCGAGCAUGUCUUUUCGAGGCGGAGGUCGUGGAGGCUUUCAUAGAGGUGGUGGAGGUGGCGGCUUUAAUCGCGGCGGCAGCAGCAACAACAAUCACUUCCGAGGUGGAGGCGGCGGUAAUUUCCGAGGCGGCGGCGGUAAUUUCCGAGGCGGCGGCGGCGGCAGAGGAGGAUUUGGACGAGGGGGUGGCCGCGGAGGCUUUAACAAAGGCCAAGACCUAGGACCUCCAGAACAUGUAGUUUUAUUAGGAGAGUUCCUGCAUCCCUGUGAAGAUGACAUAGUUUGUAAAUGUACCACAGAUGAAAAUAAGGUGCCUUAUUUCAAUGCUCCAGUUUAUUUAGAAAACAAAGAACAAAUUGGAAAAGUGGAUGAAAUAUUUGGACAACUUAGAGAUUUUUAUUUUUCAGUUAAAUUGUCAGAAAACAUGAAGGCAUCUUCCUUUAAAAAACUGCAGAAGUUUUAUAUAGACCCAUACAAGCUGCUGCCACUGCAGAGGUUUUUACCUCGACCUCCAGGUGAGAAGGGACCUCCAAGAGGCGGUGGCAGGGGCGGUCGAGGAGGAGGCAGAGGAGGAGUUGGCAGAGGUGGUAGAGGCGGUAUGAUAAGUAUUCUCAGCAACAUAACAGUUCUGGGCAUCUUCAUUAAGUACAAGGAACUUCGGACACCCACAAAUGCAAUUUUCAUUAACCUGGCUGUUACUGACAUCGGGGUCAGUAGUAUCGGCUAUCCCAUGUCUGCUGCCUCAGAUCUGUAUGGAAGUUGGAAAUUUGGAUAUGCAGGAUGUCAGAUUUAUGCGGGAUUGAAUAUCUUUUUUGGAAUGGCAAGUAUCGGAUUACUCACAGUCGUGGCGUUGGAUCGAUACCUGACCCUCUGCCGUCCUCAUGCAGGAAGAAGCAUGACAGCCAGCACUUACGUCAGCAUGGUUGCGGGGGCCUGGCUCAAUGGCCUCUUUUGGGCUGUGAUGCCCGUCACAGGGUGGGCUAGUUAUGCCCCAGAUCCUACUGGGGCCACCUGUACCAUAAACUGGCGGAAAAGUGAUGCAUCUUUUGUUUCUUUCACGAUGACAGCUGUUGCGGUAAAUUUUAUUGUGCCCUUGACAGUGAUGUUUUACUGCUAUUACCAUGUCGCUCGAUCCAUUAAGUUUCAUACUACUGGUAACUGCACUGAGUACCUCAACAGUAAUUGGUCAGAUCAGGUAGAUGUAACAAAGAUGUCUGUGAUAAUGAUACUCAUGUUUCUGGUGGCGUGGUCUCCUUAUUCCAUCGUGUGCUUAUGGGCUUCCUUUGGCGACCCAAAGAAGGUUCCUCCCUCAAUGGCCAUCAUUGCUCCACUGUUUGCCAAAUCUUCUACCUUCUACAAUCCCUGUAUUUUUGUGGUUGCUAAUAAAAAGUUUCGAAAGGCGAUGUUUGCCAUGUUCAAAUGUCAGACUCACCAAGCAAUGCCCGUCAUGAGUAUUUUACCAAUGGAUGUACCUCAAAACCCAUUGACUUCUGGGACAAUCUAAAAUAAGAGGAAAGCAGAAGUUAUCAAAACAUUUCACUUACUUUUUUUUUUUUUGCACUGUUUUAAUUUUAUUUAAAAUAUAAGCCCAUUUAGAUAAAAUUCAGACAUAGAUUAUUGUCCUAUUAGGCUUAAUUCCUCAAGUGUAGUUUAUAUUAGGAUGGUGCAAAAGUAAUUGCAGUUUAAAAGGUUAAAAAUAAUUGCAAAACCCGCAAUUACUUUUGCACCAACCUAAUAGUUCUUCUGUUUCUGCGUUGGCUACUGUAGGGAACAUUUCUUUAUUUCAUUAUGUAUAAACUUAUUGCUCAUGUCCU